AUGGAUUUGCGAGUGGGAGGUAAAUGGAAACUGGGACGAAAAGUUGGAAGUGGCAGUUUCGGAGAGAUUUAUCAAGGAACCAAUAUCCAAAGCGGAGAGAAAGUUGCUAUCAAGUUAGAAUCUGUAAAGACACGACAUCCACAAUUAUUGUACGAGUCUAGAUUGUACAAAUUAUUGAACCUAGGCGGACCCGCUGUUGGCAUACCAAGUGUCAAAUGGUAUGGUGUAGAAGGUGACUACAAUGUGAUGGUUAUUGAUCUUCUCGGACCAAGUUUGGAAGAUUUAUUCAAUUUUUGCGGACGAAAAUUCUCGUUAAAAACUGUAUUAAUGUUAGCUGAUCAAAUGAUUUCGAGAGUAGAAUUCCUUCAUUCUAAAAAUUUCAUUCAUAGAGACAUUAAACCCGAUAAUUUUCUAAUGGGAACUGGUAAAAAGGGUCAUCAUGUUUAUAUCAUAGACUAUGGACUCGCAAAGAAAUACAGAGACAGCAAAACGCAUGCUCACAUUCCAUUCAAAGAUAAUAAGAGUUUAACAGGUACAGCGCGAUAUGCCUCUAUAAAUGCGCAUCUAGGUAUUGAACAAUCACGAAGAGAUGAUUUAGAGAGUUUGGGUUAUGUUUUCAUGUACUUCCUUAGAGGCAAUUUACCAUGGCAAGGUUUAAAAGCCCAAUCAAAGCAACAAAAAUAUGAUCUUAUUAGCGAAAAGAAAAUGUCAACGACAGUUGAAGCUCUUUGCAAAGGCUAUGCACCUGAAUUUUCGACCUAUUUGAAAUAUGUGAGGUCACUAAGGUUUGAAGAUAAGCCAGAUUAUGCCUAUCUUCGAAAAUUAUUUAGAGAUUUAUUCACACGUGAGGGCUACCAGAUGGAUUACGUAUUUGAUUGGACCAUCAAGCGAAUUAACAAUAUGCCCAUCAGUACAAAUGCUCAAUCAUGGCUCGAAGAGCAACAGCAACAAAUGGAAAAUCAAAAAGUCUCUUUAUCACAGCAAAAUAGUUCUAGUGCUCUGAUGCCAUCUCAACAAGAACAUUCUCAGUUUCUCCCUCAAUCCAACAGUUCCAACAACAUUACUCUACCUGAGGCACACAAGUUGGGAAUGCAUACAAGUUCCUCUUCCUACACAAAAGCAUCAAAUUUUGCAGAGCAUCACCAGUCAUCAUCUCAACAACAACCAGCUGUGACUGUAAGGUCGUCACGAAAUGUCUCAUAUGCACCAGCAGUGUCGAGAGGAUAUUUGUCGGGAGGAAGAAAUUUAGGAACAGGUGGAACUGCGAAUGCAACAGGUCACGUCUCACCCAAUCACACAAACAGCAAUGGAUAUAGCAGCAAUGCCACCACCGGUUAUAGGUCGAGUAAUCUCUCAUCCUCUGCCAAGUAUCUUACGACUGCAACCACAGCUUCUUCACAACUUCGAAGAAAACAAUGA